ACCAUGACGUUCAAUAGAAGGAAACCGAGGUUCGACGCUCUGUUCAAUUAAAGUAAGACUCACUAAAAAUGUUUCUCUUGGCGUAGUUGGCACAUGUCGUGAGAACAUGAUCGAAGAAUACCACAUCGUCGCUGUUUUAUUGCUAUUUGGCAUUUCUGGAGUAGACAGCAAAGAGAUUACUCAUGGGUUGAAACUUACUAAAUAUUCCAUUGUGCAACCUCAGCUGCUUCCCGAACAGAAAUCGGAGGAGUAUAAAUCGUAUCUCCUAAAAAUCGGCAAUAGUCCUCACAUCGUUCAUCUGAAGAGAAACAGAGACUUUUUACAUCCGGAUUUUGUUCGAAAUAAUUUUAACCUGGCUGAUCAUCACACAGCAACACGUCCGAAAUCUGUGCAUUGUUAUUAUCACGGAGAGGUGGAAGGCGACGAGAAUUCGGUGGUUGCACUCAGCACGUGCUACGGAUUGAGGGGUGUGAUCCUUUUCGCAAACGACAGCUAUGGACUCGAGCCUGUGCCGCUGUCCCCCACCAACGAUCACCUUCUGUACCGACUGGCCGACAUUCAGACCGAACCCGUCACCUGCGGCGUGGUCCGCGAGGACGCGGCCACUCCGAAGCGUGAACCCUUUGAGCCCACGCAGGCCAUCUCUGCUCUGCUGCGGAAGAAACGCAAUUUGCCUCAGACCAGAUACGUGGAGCUGGUCUUGGUUGUGGAUAAUCUCAGGUAUCAGUUCAAGCAAGGAAAUGAGACGGCGAUACUCGAGGAGAUGGUGGAAAUGGCCAACCUGCUGGAUGGGUAUUACAAGCAGCUGAACAUCCGCGUGGUGCUCGUGGGCCUGGAGAUUUUUAGCCAGUCCAACCCGUUCCAAGUGGAGGACUCCGCGGGCAACGUGCUACGCAGCUUCGUGAAGUGGAGGAAGUCCGACCUGUUGCCGAGGAACCGGCACGACAUCGGUCAACUCGUGGUCGGUCGGCCCAAUUCGUACCCGGGAGGUGUGCUGGGGAUGGCUUUCGUUGGCACGGCGUGCUCGGCCGCCACCUCCGGGGGAAUCACCGUGUUUGGCGACGACGAGCUGAUCUACACCUCCAGCGUUGUGGCCCACGAGAUUGGUCAUAACCUGGGCAUGAGUCACGAUGACAACCGCUGCAGCUGUGAUGGAAAAAGUUGCAUCAUGGCGGCCACUGCCAGCGGCGCCACAAGCUUCAGCCGCUGUAGCGGCGAAGAUUUCCAGGCCCUCAUCGUCAGCGGAAGAGGGGUGUGUCUGAUAAACCAGCCCUCCCUCUCGGACGUGGUCGGCACCGCCAAGUGUGGCAACGGCUUGUUGGAAGAAAGCGAGGAGUGCGACUGCGGCACGCCGGAGGAAUGCCAGAAUAAAUGCUGUGACGCUGCCACUUGCAAACUCACCUCCGGAUCGGCUUGUGCUCAGGGGAGCUGCUGCAGUGACUGUCAGCUCAGAGUGGCCGGGACGCCCUGCAGGGGCUCCGCCGACGCGUGUGACCUUCCCGAGUUCUGUAACGGCACCGGCGCCUUCUGCCCCGACGACUUCUACAUCAUGGACGGCCAGCCCUGUCGGGACAAGGCGGCGUACUGCUACGAGGGCCGAUGCCAGACGUACGACUCGCAGUGUCAAGCCCUCUUUGCACCAGAUCCGGCAACGAAGGCAGCAGAUGUUUGCUUUCUGCAUGCAAACAUGCAGGGAAACCUAUUCGGGAACUGCGGCAUCACCGGCACUGGAGAUUAUAUCAAAUGUCCUUUGGCGGACGCCAUGUGCGGGAAGGUGCAGUGCACCAACGUGGACGUCAACCGCCCGCCUCCGGGUGCGCACGUCAGUAUCCAGAUCAUCAACGGGUCCACGUGCGUCAACGCCGACUUCAACUUGGGGCCGGAUGUGCUGGAUCCCGCCUAUGUCAACCCUGGGAGUCCGUGCGCUGAAGGAAAAACCUGUCUGGAUUUCGAGUGUGUGAACGCCUCGGCCCUGCGGCCCAACUUGGACUGCGACAACGCUCGGACGUGCAACGGCCACGGGGUGUGCAACGACCAAGGGCACUGCCACUGCGACGACGGAUGGAGCCCACCGAACUGCAACCGGGCAGGCAUAGGCGGCAGCAUUGACAGUGGACCCCCCAAGAUAGACUACUCCCUCAGGGACGGCCUGUUGAUCUUCUUCCUGCUCGUCGUUCCACUGCUUGUUCUUCUCAUCCUGGUGCUGCUGUUCCUCUUCCGGAGAGAUGCGCUCAACCCCUGCCUCAGACACGUUCGCCGUUUCAGGCCACAUCACGGCAGCGCCAACGGACACUCAGACCGCAAUACUGAGACACAUGCUACCUCUCGUAGUCCAACAGAAGCCCCCCCACAGAGGCUUUCGUAUCCACCGGCUGCUUCAGCUCCAAUAUCAGGUUUCAGGUAUGGAGAGCUUGAUUAUUGGAACAGAGAUCCAAACACUACCUCUGCACAUCCCCAAGCUCCCAGUCAGGGCCCUGGAGUCCCCAAAGCGAUUCCAGCCCCACGUCCACCAAACUAAAUUGAGUUUUGUUUUUUGCGGUGGUAUUGGGGCGGGGGGUAUGCCGAUUGUUAGAUGUUAUUUACAACUGAGGACAAACUAAAAAAAAUGCACUUUGAAGUCUUGAAAUUGAUCAUUCUAACAUGGAAAAUGGCAUCAUGUGUUUUGGAAUAUUACUGGGAUGUAUGUCAUCAAAUUGAAUCAGAUAUACUGUAUAUAUAUUUGUAUAUUUACCAAACAAUUUUAAUGCUUUUGUGAAUUAAAGGAAACUUCUAUUGUAAUAUGU